CAUCAGCUGCGCUCGGCCGCUCACCGGCGUUUCCUCGCUCACUCCGGGCGGUAAUGUUCCUUCUUCAGCGCCCCAACCGCAAGAUGAGCCUCCCAUGCACUUUAAUAAACCCACCUCGCAAAACCCUACAAUUAAACUCCUUAAACCCUUGAAUCACCCAGCAAUUCUCAUCGGAGCUGUAUCCCUGCCGUUACACUCCAACAAGAAUAAUGAUGAUGUUUCCACAAUUGAAUGUAGCUGCUUACAGUUCACCGAUGGCUCUGUCACAAUUUGUUGCGACGUCCUUGAUUUUCAGCCGCAAAUGAUAGGUCCAAAGAUCCGCAUUUGCGCCUGGAAUUUUAUUCCUUUGAAAGUUGGGUGUAGGUUAAGUGGGUUUUUGGAGAUUAUUAGAUGGGAGUUCGUAGAAUAUUCUUCAAAUUUGACUGAAUUUUCAUUAGGUUUGGGUACAUUUGAUUGUAAGGAUGAUUCAAAGGUUAAAUAUUCGCUAUUUGGUGUACUGGAAUCCACAAGUCCUGUAUCCGUAGUUCCAUGUUCGACAGGUGGUAGUAGUUCUAGAUGUGAUUCGAGAAAUAUUUGCGGGUUUCUUGUAAAAGUCUUGGUUUGUGAGUGCAAAUUUUGUAGGUCUAGGAAAACCUUAUUGGCAUUGAGAGAUUUAAGUGAUGAGAGCUGUAAAAAUCAUUGCUUUUUGAAAUGUUUGAUAGUCUAUUUCUGUGGGUCUGCUUCAUCUUGGCACCCGGUGAUGGUGAGAUUAAUAGGGAAUCUUAUUUCACUCUCUGGAUUGAAGAAGAAGUUGGUUUAUAUUGGAAAGGAUGAUUCCGAACUGAUGUAUGUAACCACCGAUAAAGCUUUGUUGCGGCUUCCUGUGAUGGCAAAGAAAUAUAUUUUAAAAGAAAAGGCUCAGGUGAGAGGGUUUGGUGAGGUUGGCAGCUAUGCUGGAACUGUUACCGGGGUUUACAUGCAGGGCAUGGUUGUGGAGUUGGACCAAGGAGUGCUUCUUUUGUUAACAGACCACCAGCUGAUGGUUCCACAUAGUUUGAGAGUUGGUGCCAUUGUAUCUGUGAAAAAUGUUCAUUUUGUGAGCACAAAGUAUUCCUGGACAAAGAUACUUCUGCUUGGUACCUGCUUCAUCACAUGCAUUUGUGUUGAAUCAUUUUCUCCAAUGGAAACAGGUUGCCACAGAAGCUCGCAUUCUCAAAACUCUCUCCGGAAAUUUGUCGACUCAAUGGUGUUUCCAGCAAGACUAUGGGUACUACUGACUGUCACGUGUUUCCGGAAAAAGUUUGCCGGGAUUUUGUCCGAGAAGGAAAUAUUAGGAUCGAAACAUGAGGUAGGACUAGCUCAAACAUAUACCAAUUCGCAUCUACCUGCAUCUGCCUACCAAAUGCGGCACGGAGUGUUCUUGGAGUACUGCAGGCAUGGUUCGUGUGCUUACCAUAAGGAAGAGGAUUAUAGUCAUCUCAAAUUAGUGGUACCCAUUUCUUGUUUAUGGAGAGAUUUUGAGAACAGAUGGAUCAAAAUGUUGUUGGACUCAGAAGAUGAAUUUGAUAUUAUCGAUAGCAGGAGGGAGAAAUACUAUCUAUCCUGCUGUGGAAAAUCUUAUGCAAACUUAACAAGGAAAACUUUUCGAAGUCAAGAUACUGGUGUAAUUUUACUUGGAAAUCUAAAGGUUUCACCAUCAUCUGGGGGGUUGCAGCUUGUUGAUGCUACUGGAAGCAUUGAUGUUGUUAUACCUGACAUUCCAUCAAACUGGGAUUUGAAAAGAGUUUAUGAGGUGCAAGACUUCACGAUAGUAAUGCAAGGGAUACCUGAUUAUCUGGAUUGUUCAAAAUUACUUGCAAGUGAACCAUUGACAUGUAGGAAUAUCUUUGAGAAUGCUCCACUAGUGAGAGAGACAAAAAUAUCACUUUUCCUUUACUAUCAUUUUGGAGGAAAAACAUCAAGUCAUUCAUCUUUUUCUAGCAAGAAGUCUAAAGAAAGCCUUCAGGAGUUUGAGGGUGGAAAUUUUCACCUACUUCUGUUAAAGCACAAAUUUCCAUUGCUUCAUAAGCGUCUAGGAGAUCAAUUCAUUUCAAACAAAUCAAGUGCUUUUGCUGAGGUUGCAAUUUUGCCCUGGGAUUUGGUUUUGCCUGAGAAGAAUGAUGUUGCACAUUUGGGUGUGGUUCCCUUGGAUGAAUUAAAAAAUGUAAAGAAGUAUGAGACAUAUGGACAUCUUAAGAGAUGUAAAACUGAUGCAGUCUCAAUUCAGGCCCAGGAAUCUGGAUUAUCAGAGGCUGCAAACUUGACCUGCGGCUGCUUGAAUGAUUCAUAUUGCACUGACUUCGGUACCGAGAGAAAACACUGUGAUGCCAGUUGUCCACUUAAAUUUCCUUGUCUGAUCUCUAGUAGAAGUAUUAAGUGUCCUUACCAAGGUCUUGUGCAUUGCACAGACAAAAAGGAAGUGACAAGUUCCGGGUGCAAUCCAGAUGGAAGAAGGGUUUUCCUGGAGUUUGAUUCUGAAAGUUUGAACAUGUAUCAGAGACUGAGAAUUGGUGCUUUCUACUUGGUAAAGCACCAUCAAAAUGAUGUGCUCUGUCGUGCAAAGGUUGAUGAUAAAGCACUUGGUGGUGUAAUACUUGUUAGUUCUGAAACAUGUCUCUGGCGCCUAUCAUUCUCUUCUGAUGUGGUUGCCAAGAAUUCAGAUCCGUCACCUAUAGUUCAACAGAGUGAUUCAUGUGUCAGCAAUGAUGAAAUUACGCCUGAUACUACUCAAAAAUUUCAAAUUGCACCCCUUAAGUUUGAUGGUGUUAGUCCUGAAUCCUAUUCAGACAUCAAUUUAUGCAUGCCUGCAGAUGUCAUUAGUUACUUUAAGAUUGAUGCCAACAAUUCUAAAACUAGUCUGAUGAAGUCGCCAGCUUCACUUAAAGAAGAAAUUGACAUUUAUAAUGUACACAGGACAGCAAUUACUGCCUCUGUGCUUUCUCCUGAAACUGCUCAUUCUAAUCUUCUUUUGCCUGAAGGAAAUCUUCUCACUUUUCGUGGACAAAUAGUGGCCAUUCAUGAUUCUAGUUGUACUUCUUUUGUGGAACAUUUGUGGAAUGAAAGUCCUGUCAAUGUUCAUCAGCCAAUACUUUCUCAUGGAACCAGUAUAAUUUGUAUUCAUGCUCUUGUGGACCAUCACAUGGCCAUGAUUUUUGGUGCUCUAGAUAAGCACGCUUACCCAACAGGGUUGGGAACAGGAGUCCAUGCUACUUUUCACCGAAUUCUUGUGCUUGGCCGACAGAAUCAUUAUAUGUUGAUUCCUGCAUCUUUCAUUGAGAUUGAUUCCGUAAAUGUUGUUGACAAUGGGUGCAACAAUGAGAAUGAUCCUGUAGCCAACUCUAUAUUUGCAUGCUAUGCAACUUCUCCGAGUGUCUUUCCUGCAGCUUUGAUCUCUGAAGUAACACAUGGCAUGGGUAUCAAACUGAUGCAACUCCAUUGCAGGGUUGUUGGCGUUCAUGUCCUCGUUCUGCAGGAGAAUAAGAAAGCUAGAUAUUCAAGCACAAGAGUCCAAUCUGGUUCAUUGAUGGUUGAGAUCCCACUUGCUGGUUUUAUUCUGGAUGAUGGAUCAUCCUGCUGUUGUUGCUGGGCUAACUAUGAUAGAGCUGCAAAUAUGCUUGGACUGCCUACUCAAUUUAUUUCAACUGAAGCUUGUGCACGAACUUCACAGAGAUUGAAGAUUCCUGUAAGAAGGAGAACCAAUAACUCCAGUUUUGACCAUUUGAACAGAAUUAUCAGGCAGCACAAAAGAGUUGUGGUAAGAAAUUGUGGAUCUAUGUUUGAUUCUUCAUGUCUGGAUCUUACAUUUUCUGUGGACGGUGAUGAAGUUAUCGGCAGCUCUGAUGAAAACCUCCUCCGAUGCUUGGUUAUGAGUGCCUGCUUCAGUAGGUUAUGGACUGUUGUUGGUAGUCUCAUGGAUUCAACUGCUAUAAACCGGCUAGAAAAGCAAUUAAGUGGAUUGGAGAUGACACUGUUUCCACUGCCAAAUAUAUGGGCCAGCGGUGGUGUUUAUCGCAGUGAUCCUCUUGCUCAAUCAAGGAUGAUCCUACAAGCACUCGUCAAAAAUUAGCUGAUGUUGGCUAUUGGAGUGUACCUCACUGUAAAUUACAGUUGGUGAAUUUUCUCUGUUGUGUCUUAUACAAGCAUAUACUUUUGCAUGCCAGUGCCAGAUGUGAAGUGAUUGUAGGCUUUGUUAGCUGAGCAUUUUAAAGGGCCUGUGCUGUGCAGCAAGGACCUUGUUUUUACUCUUGAUGUAUUCAAGCGUGAAGAACCAAUCAAAUGCAACGGCUAUUGCUUUGUUU